AUGGCCAUGACAAUGCUCAUUAUGCCGUCCACCCACCACCCGCUUCGACCGUCAGUCUCCUCGGACUAUCAUCAUUCCUCAUCCGGUGCCAGCAUCUCUAACAUGAUCUCUUCUGUUGUGCCCCAGAAGCCGGCCAACGGAAAUAAUUCUUCGAAUCGUCGGCCAUUGUUCUCGAUCUCGGAACUCAUUCAGGACGCCAAGCUGGGCCCUCCUCUUCCUGGAUCUCCUUCUAGCACCCGGCCCGGCUCCAAACUUUCGUCAUCUUUCGAGCCCGUUCCUCGAUCGUUCUCAAAGGCUGGGAAGCAUUCCUCACCACAGCCACUACACCCGGCUUCGUCUUUUCCCUCUCAACAAUAUGCUCUUACUUCCUUCACAAGUUCUCAUCGGCUACCACUCACUAGCCGACCGCUACUACCUCCUCUCUCGGACUGCCAGGCAGGCCUUUCAGCCAAGCCGGACAUUCCUCCCCAGCAACAUCAUCCUCAAGAGCAGAGGCCUCCGCGGGCUCACUAUCCCUUCAACGUGGUGUAUGCACAUCCUCAUCCGCCGCCCCCUCCUACGAGUGCUAUUUAUCAACCUGGCCAACAACCUCCUAGUCAGAUGCGUCUGCCCGUUUCUCGGAUCUCUCCCAAGCACGCGGUUCCGCCCCAUGUCUCAAGGCCCUAUAACCCAUGGGAACCUCCCGAUACGGAAAAGGGAGUGUGUGCUCCUCGAGCUAGACAUGAUGCUACCGUGACUAAGCACUUUGAAAGCUGGAGCUACCAAGAUUCUUUAAGUCAAAUCGGCUCCUGUUCCCACAAGAUUCUUAACUUCUCCGAAGUAUAUACCCGAAUCACUCAAGAGCAGCACGGAGCUCACCCCAUCCCGAGCAGACUACCGACAGAGCAGGAUAUCAGCGAUAUGCUCGGCAACAUUGAGCGGAUCAAGCGGCAUUUGGAGCAAGUAAGGAGUCUGCUGCAAGCACUGAGCCAGAACGAGCGGGCUCGUGAAGCAGCCAAAAUGAAGAGCCCGUACGAGGAGGAUCACGAUGUGCCCAUGCAUGGAGAUGCAAUGAAGCCCCAAUAUAGUAUGACAGAGGCCAACACGCGAUUGAGGUGUGCGGCUCCCCUUGACCGAUGUCAUAGUUGCAACCGAGUUGACACACCCGAAUGGCGACGGGGUCCUGAUGGAGCGAGGACGUUGUGCAAUGCGUGCGGCCUACGUUAUGCCAAAUUAAAGAAGCAACAGCUUGAAGCGAGGUCGAUCCACGUGAAACAUAGAGAGGCCCAUAGCUACUAA